GGAAGAGGAAGACAGAACUUUCACCAGAAGAAUCCAGGAAGAGGAAGAAGAUGGACGAUGACAUCCCGCAGCCAGAAGAACGGGCUGCUUUCUUCACACUCCUUGAAGACGAGCACAUCCAGUACUUUCUAGCCAGGGACAGCUGCCUUAAGAUCUCGGACAAGUAUCUCCUGGCCAUGGUCCUCACGUACUUUAGAAGAGCAAACCUGCGUACUGAGGAAUACAGGACUUACUUCUUCCCAAGUCUAUUUUUGGCCAACCAGUUUGAAGAGGAAGAGUUCUUUAGACGUGAGAUCUACCCCUGGGCCCUCGGAUUGAUGUGGAUGAUCCAGAAGAAGCAGCUUCAUCAUCUACGCGAUCAGAUGCUUAUCCGGAUGGGAUUCAGAGCUUGGGUGGAACGGGAAACCUGUGAUCUGAUCAUGGCACAAGACCCUGACCAUUGCACAUGGAAGAGAGAGAGGAAAGUCCAUCACAGCUGGGCUAUACGCCAAUGCAGGAGGGAUAAUGCAGACUUCACCAUCACAGAUGCCAGGAUGGGAAACAUGGCCACUGGACCUCCAAGGAGAAGAAUCAAGACAGGACAGAUGAAGACCUGGAUAAAAUAUAUACUUUAUGUCUUACCGACUCCUAGAACAUCUCAGAAAGAUGUGAUUGAUGUAGGAUUCGCCUUUUGA